AUGUUGGAGAUCCGACCUCACGCGACUCUAUCGAUUGACUGGAGGGCCAACAAGUGUAGCCUCAAGCUGUCCGUUCAAUCGCGAAAGUCAACCCUGCGGCCGUCCGCAUUCAACCUUGAUGAGUUUGUGGAGGCUCUGGCCACCAGUAAGGACAGAGGUGUGAAGAAUGUGAAUUUGAAGGAGCAGGACAUGAUCACUCUCUGUCAGAUGACAAAGCAUGUAGUAAUGAGUCAGUCAGUUCUGUUGGAAUUGGAGGGUCCACUAAAGGUGUGCGGCGACACUCAUGGUCAGUUUCGUGACGUUCUUCGCCUCUUCGAUUUAUGCGGUAAGCCAGAUACCACAAAUUUCCUCUUCCUUGGAGACUAUGUGGACCGAGGAAAGCAGAGUUUGGAAGUAAUUUGUCUCCUCUUUGGCUACAAGGUGAAAUAUCCUACUACUUUCUUUCUUUUGCGAGGUAAUCACGAGUGUCAGGCGAUUACUCGCAUAUAUGGUUUUUUUGAUGAGUGCAAACGUAGAUUCAACGUGAAACUUUGGAGGCAUUUCCUAGAUGUUUUCAAUUGCCUCCCUGUGGCUGCUGUAAUUGAGAAUCAGAUCUUCUGUUGUCACGGUGGCAUUUCGCCGGAAUUCCUCAAACCUGAGUACACAAAUUUGGAGGAUCUUAAACAACGAAUCAGAGCCAUUCCACGGCCUACGGACGUGCCUGAAGAGGGCCUUGUCUGUGACCUUUUAUGGGCGGAUCCACUGAAUCCGGACAUGUUGGACCCUGAUGCAGAUGAACUCCCACCAAUAUUCACAGAAACGGGCUUCGGACCGAAUGAGCGUGGAGUCUCGUAUGUCUUCAGUCCUGAUGUCGUAGACCGGUUUUUGAGUAGAUUUGGACUAGAUUUGAUGGUUAGGGCACAUCAAGUGGUGGAGGAUGGCUAUGAAUUCUUCGCAAACCGAUCAUUUGUAACCAUCUUCUCAGCGCCAAACUACUGUGGUGAGUUCGACAACGCAGGUGGCAUCUUCUGUCUCAGUCGAAAUGUCACCGUCAAGCCAAACUCCAAUGAGGAGGAGAUUGAUUUAGAGGGUAGCUUUCAGAUCCUAUAUCCGGAGAAACGAAAAUCUUCCUCCGCCGUCCGGCGAAGUAGCACUGCUAAGAAGUACGUCUCAUCCGUCCAAUCAUCUUCCAUAAAUACUCUUUAA